AUGGGAGAGUCCUCAGGUAUGGGCAUUGAUAAUACCUUGGAACUUCUGUGUGUAAAGUUCCAAAAGAUCGAGAGGCUCAAGAAGUCGUAUUUCGCUGGAGGAAUCAUGGCAGGUUCCAUCGCCACUUUUGCAGUACUAUGGGUUUUUCUGCAAACUAUGGGGCUUUUCGGUCCUCAGAACACGAUUGGAGCCUUUAAAUUACCCUUCACAUUGGAAAAUUAUUUAACGUAUAAUAAAGGCCCAGCUUCAUGGGAUUCCGAAUACAAGCCUUCUUUGGUUGUCGAUACGGACACAUACAAGAUAAAGAGGCUGCCGUCCAUCGACGAGAGUAGCCUCAACGCGUCGGUGGCAUUUGCCAUCGGCACCAUCUCACGGAUCGAACGCAUAGAGGAUAACCUGGUGAACUCGGGCGUGCUGCUUGUCCUCGACAGUCCUGCGCAUCAGCACUUUCUGCAUGAUCGGCCUAAUGACAGGGCUUUGGAGAAGAACUUGGAGGCAGUCAUCGCGAUCAAGGCAUCCAUUCAACUCUCCCAAGCGCAUUGCACGAGAUACGGCUUGAACGAACACGAUUGUGCUCAAAUAAUCUCGACACUACCGCUUGGCAGUACCACUGUGGGUGUCUCGUGCGCAAUUGAUCAGGACGUCGACUGUAAUGUGGAAUCCAAGUAUCGCACGUACGACGGUAGUUGCAAUAACAUCCAAAAUCCAAAAUGGGGUAGCGCUUUCACCGGCUAUGGAAGGCUUCUCUUUCCUCAAUACGCCGACGGCAUCCAAAUGCCGAGGAAGGAGCAGGGGGUGCGCGGCCUGCCGAAUCCCAGAGCCGUGAGCGUCUCCUUGGCCUCCCAGUGCGACAAGGUCGACGUGUCAAGGACGCUCGCUCUCAUGCAAUGGUCCCAGUUCGUCUCGCACGACAUCGCCUACACACCUGUGCGCAAAAUGAUUUGGACUGGCAAGCCGAUUUCAUGCUGUCGAUCGGAUGAUCAAUGGCCAUUGCCACGUUACAUUCAUCCCGAUUGCCAAGCGAUUUCCGUUGCCGAGAAUGAUCCGAUUUAUGGAAAGUUCCGAGUUCGAUGCCUCAAUUACGUAAGAUCUCUAGCAGCUCUAAGAUCCGAUUGUUCCUUCGGCCCAGCCGAACAAAUGAAUCAAGUGAGCCACUUUUUGGAUGGUUCGACAAUUUAUGGUUCGACGUUAGCUCUGGCUUAUAAACUUCGUGCUUAUAAAGGUGGUCUGCUACGCACCAACACUAUUAAAAACCGAGAGUACUUGCCUAUUACAGAAUUGGCUUCGAAUUCGUUGUGCAAAUUGAAAAAUUGUUACUUAUCCGGCGACGAGCGCGUAAACGCCGAGCCCCAACUGGCUGUGAUGCAUACAAUUUGGGUCCGCGAACACAAUCGCGUGGCCCGCGAACUCGCUAAAAUAAAUCCCAAGUGGUCGGAUGAGAGCCUUUAUCAGGAGGUCCGACGCAUUAUAAUUGCCGAGAUUCAGCACAUCACGUACAAGGAGUGGUUGCCACUCCUUAUCGGCAAUCACUACUUACGUGCCGUUGGUCUUGGCAUUACAACAAAUUACAGCAACUCGGCCUACAGUUCGUCCAGCGAUCCGUCGAUUAGCAAUGAAGUGGCUACCGCCGUUUUGCGCUUCCACGAAUCGCUUAAACAGGGCAUAUUGAGAAUAAGCGAUAACGAUAGGAAUAUUAUUAGCAGUAUGAAUCUAUCGGACUACUUUUAUAAGCCAAGAUCAAUCGAAAUAAACGAUACUUUCGAUGGUCUUAUCAACAGCCUUACCACACAGAUCUCACAACAAAUGGAUCUUCACUUGAUCUCAGAUUUGACGAAUCAGCUUUAUAAGACUAACGGCACUAUAGGUCUCGAUCAAAUUAGCAUUGAUAUUCAGCGAGGUCGAGAUCACGGUCUUCCAGGCUAUAAUGAUUAUCGUAAACACUGUGGUUUACGCAAGGCAAAGACUUUUGAUGAUUUCUUAGAUUACAUUCCGAUCGAGACGGUGAUGAAAUUGAAAGAUCUUUACAAGCGCCCGGAUGACGUUGAUUUGGUGAUUGGUGGAAUGGCCGAAAGUUCGGUCGAUGAUGCCAUUUUGGGACCAACAUUCCGCUGCCUUAUAUCCAGGCAAUUUCUGAAAAUUCGUCGUACCGAUAGAUUUUUCUAUACUUCCAUCGAACAGCCCGAAUCUUUUACCAUAUCACAGUUAAAUGCUCUGGAGAAAGUAACGUUGGCGCGAAUUUUCUGCGAUAACGGCGACAAUAUUAAUAGAAUACAGCCAAAUGUUUUCUUAAAGCAACAAAUUGGAAAUGAAUUACGGCCCUGCACCGAUUUCCAAGCGAUACCAAGUAUCGAUUUAUUCGCAUGGGCAGAGAAAGCAAAGGCUUACCGUUGAAUGGCUUUAAGAUUGACUUGUCACUCUUCACAUCGAAUGUCUCGGCAAACGUAUGACACGGCCCGGGAUAAUAUCGGAAGGUGAAAAGAAUGGGGCGUUGGUUUUUUUCGGCGAUUUCUAGUUCAAAAAAAAAAAA